AUGGAUCACGGUAUCGGUGGGCGCGAGGGUGGGGUGGCACAUUUCGAUCCAAUUAAGAGUUUCGCAUAUGGUCGGGAUUUCGAUUCGCUUUCUCCCUCUGCUCCGAACACAGGAUUGUCCGAAUCCGCCCUAGAAGUUGACAGGAGGGUGGGCAGCGAGAAUGCCUCAAACGAGUGCAAAAAUUGCAUAAGGACUUUAGACCUGGGCGGGGCGGAUCUGGCGAGCGUGGAAACGCUUGAAGCCCUGACCCUCGCUCUGACCGAACCCCUGACCUUUACCCUGGCCUUCACCCUGGCCCUCAGUGCUUGGGACAGCGGAUCCGGUAGGAGCUGGGAUGGGGGCGCUGGCAAGGCUCGACUGGCCGCCGAAGCCACCACCAAAGCCGCCACCGGUGGCGCCAGAGGGAACACUGGAGGGAGCACCAGUAGGAGCAGGGGCGUCAUCACUGUUGCUACCAGAGUCCUGGUCGCUACCACCGAUGCGGCUGAUACCCCCGAAGGAGCUGUCAGACGCACUGCUAGGUUCGGCAGUACCAGAAGGCGAACCACCGGAGGGGAUUAUGCCAGAAGGACGCUGACCACCACCUUCAAAGCCUCCAGAAGGCUGGGCACCGGAAGGUCCGCUUCCGUGGUGACCAAAUCCACCGCUAGGGGAAGCUCCGGCAGCAUCACUGGGGGAAGCACCACCGCCAAAGCCACCGCUAGGAGCAGCACCACCUGGGAAGGUGCCGGUGGGCUUAACACCGCUUGA